UUAUGUGGUCAAACAUCAUUAUUUUGUGCAGCAAAAGAAGAUCGAACAGAUAUAGUUAAAUAUUUAUUAGACGAUGAAGCUGAUCGACAUGUUCAAAAUCAUUAUGGUGUUAGUGCUUUAUGCAUUCCAUCACAAAAAGGCAUAUUACAAGUUGUUGAAUUAUUAUUAAAUGACGGUACUGAAACACAUGUUACUCCAUUUGAUAGUCAAGCUGAUGAAUUAAAUAUAACUGUAACAAAACUCAGUUCAACAUCAUUUUUGUUGGCAUGUGAAAUAUGUAAUUUAGAUAUAAUUGAAGCUGGUGCUGAUUUUAAUUAUGAAGCAAGUGGUCCAGAGGCUGAUAAUUUAAAUAUAAUUAGUCCAAAAGCAUAUUUUUGUGGCUAUAUUAAACAAUCGUGUUGA